AAUUUCAUUUCAUUCACCAUCAUUGAAAAAAAAAUCUAGUUCUGUUCUGUCACGAAAUUGUAUUUAUUUAAUUUUAGCCAAUGUGUUACAUUAUUUUUGUUGCUUUAUAAUAAUAGAUUUAUAAUUAAAUUUCAAUUGUUUAGCGUUUAUUAACUGUGCUGGUUAUAUAAUAACAACGAUAAACAUGUUCGAUGUGUGUUUGUAAUCGGCCACAUAGUUUACUUCGUCGCAGCACGAUUGUCCCAGACUGGCCAUUAGUGAUAUUUUUCACGGUGUUCCGUGUCCCGCGAUGUGGUUUAGAUAGUGAAUAAUAAAGUGGUACGCGUGUGAAAUGUCCCAACAUGGAUGCCCAGAGAGACUGUCGAAUAGAUCGAAGGGUUUCCCGGAUGAGAGCGCUGGGCAGGCCACGAUGGAAGUGCUGGUGGAGACCCUGACGGGCACCGCGUUCGAGAUGACGGUGUCGCCCUCCGACACUAUCUUCGCGAUCAAGUCGAAGAUCUUCAGGGUGGAGGGCAUCCCAGUCUCCCAACAGCACCUAGUCUACAACCUGAAAGAGCUGGAAGACGCGGCUUCGCUCCGCGCGCUCGGCAUAUCAGAUGGCGCUCGCUUGCGUCUCGUAUUAGGCAUGCGAGGCGGCCCCAUAUCUACGCGCCGUCUACCCCCACCCCCCACUGAGCCGUGGAGGGAUAUCGAGCGACUGUUAGACUCGAACAGAGAUGAAGCCUGGUCCCACAGCGGCGCAGGAUGCAAAGUCACGGUACUGGUGUUCAGAGACGGCGAGCGCGUCAACAUGCUCCGCGUGCGGGAGAACAGGGACGGCUCCAUACAGCCCCGAGACCACGACUAUGCGUCACCCCUUCCUCACUCCUCGGAGCCAACAGUGAGAGACACCGCGACAGGCGGCGCGCGCGACAAUGCCGUCACCAUGAACAAGAUGAUGGAGCUCCGGAGGCGUAUGGAGACCCUCUCCGUACGGCGACGUGCAGACACCAAAGCGGAAAUCCAAAAGACCCGCUCCGAAGAAACUCUAUCCGUCCCGUCUCUCCUCGACGACGGCGCCUACCGCGCCUGCACGCCCGCCCUCUACGACGACUUCCGCGACGGACGACUGUUCGACGACUGUCGCGACGGGAGGCUGUUCGACGAUUGUCGCGACGGACGAUUGUUCGACGAUUGUCCGAGGGACGUAAGACUUUACGAAGAUUGUCCAAGAGAAGGGCGGUUGUAUGAAGAUUGUCCGCGGGACGGCCGGUAUACGAGGCUGGAUCUUGACUGUGCCUUUGAUCGUUACACGCUGCUACCGCCUAUAGGCAGCAGAACAGAUUCCGACCAAUCCGUCGACAGGAUCCAAGAGGUCGACAGCGAGCGUCUCAUGUCCGACGCUCUCGCCGGCUCCAUACUGGUGAAGAGGAGGGACAGAGAGGAAGAGGCUAUACUGGAGGAGUGUCUAGAGGGUGUCGAGAGUUUGAGGGACUCCCCGCAGCUGGCUGCCGGGGACCUAGCGCCUAUACCUGCGGCUGAAUAUGGUAAGAUACUUGUGAAGAGGAGGGACAGAGAGGAAGAGGCUAUACUGGAGGAGUGUCUAGAGGGUGUCGAGAGUUUGAGGGACUCCCCGCAGCUGGCUGCCGGGGACCUAGCGCCUGUAUCUGCGGCUGAAUUUGGUAAGAUACUUGUGAAGAGGAGGGACAGAGAGGAAGGGGCUAUACUGGAGGAGUGUCUAGAGGGUGUCGAGAGUUUGAGGGACUCCCCGCAGCUGGCUGCCGGGGACCUAGCGCCUAUACCUGCGGCUGAAUAUGGUAAGAUACUUGUGAAGAGGAGGGACAGAGAGGAAGAGGCUAUACUGGAGGAGUGUCUAGAGGGUGUCGAGAGUUUGAGGGACUCCCCGCAGCUGGCUGCCGGGGACCUAGCGCCUAUACCUGCGGCUGAAUAUGGUAAGAUACUUGUGAAGAGGAGGGACAGAGAGGAAGAGGCUAUACUGGAGGAGUGUCUAGAGGGUGUCGAGAGUUUGAGGGACUCCCCGCAGCUGGCUGCCGGGGACCUAGCGCCUGUAUCUGCGGCUGAAUUUGGUAAGAUACUUGUGAAGAGGAGGGACAGAGAGGAAGGGGCUAUACUGGAGGAGUGUCUAGAGGGUGUCGAGAGUUUGAGGGACUCCCCGCAGCUGGCUGCCGGGGACCUAGCGCCUAUACCUGCGGCUGAAUAUGGUAAGAUACUUGUGAAGAGGAGGGACAGAGAGGAAGAGGCUAUACUGGAGGAGUGUCUAGAGGGUGUCGAGAGUUUGAGGGACUCCCCGCAGCUGGCUGCCGGGGACCUAGCGCCUAUACCUGCGGCUGAAUAUGGUAAGAUACUUGUGAAGAGGAGGGACAGAGAGGAAGAGGCUAUACUGGAGGAGUGUCUAGAGGGUGUCGAGAGUUUGAGGGACUCCCCGCAGCUGGCUGCCGGGGACCUAGCGCCUGUAUCUGCGGCUGAAUUUGGUAAGAUACUUGUGAAGAGGAGGGACAGAGAGGAAGGGGCUAUACUGGAGGAGUGUCUAGAGGGUGUCGAGAGUUUGAGGGACUCCCCGCAGCUGGCUGCCGGGGACCUAGCGCCUAUACCUGCGGCUGAAUAUGGUAAGAUACUUGUGAAGAGGAGGGACAGAGAGGAAGAGGCUAUACUGGAGGAGUGUCUAGAGGGUGUCGAGAGUUUGAGGGACUCCCCGCAGCUGGCUGCCGGGGACCUAGCGCCUAUACCUGCGGCUGAAUAUGGUCCGCUGGUGGGCGGCGGGUGGCGCGCGCGGGGGUUCGGGUCGCACGGGCAGCUGGCGCCGCCGCCGCUGGCCGCCGCCGCGCACUCCGCCUCCUCGCUGCAGCUGCAGCCGCACCCGCCGCUCGAGGACGCGCUCUUCAGCUCCUCCACCAGCGACCUGGAGACCCUCACGAGGAACAGGAUGCUGCCGCUCAGCAGGCACCGAAAUCGCGAGCACCUGCACCUGAGCGACGAGGGCCUCGACGUGUCGCACCGGCCGCGCAACCUCGAGGUGGGCAGCGAGCGACGCCAGAGAAGGAUCAAGAAGAUCGCGGAGCUGGAGAACUCUAGGCUGUUCCGGUUUGGGGACUCGUUUGAGGACGUUGUGCAGGAGGUGGAGAAGGAGCCGGAAAAGAAGGAAAUUAAGAAGAUAGCCAGAAUACGGUGCGGGUUCUGCAAGAAGCGGCUCAGCAUCGCCACCGUGCACAAGUGUCGCUGCGGGGCCGAGUUCUGCGCCCCGCACCGGUAUGCUGAGGUGCACGGGUGCGCGUACGACUACAAGGCGAGCGCGCACCAGUACCUGCAGCGCGCCAACCCGCUCGUGUCCGCGCCCAAGCUGCCCAAGAUAUAGCCCUCCCCCCCCACACCCCCUACACACCCUCCACGCAUGACGACACACGACCAGUGCCCCGUUUACCAAAAGCUUGUAACUUGUAAUACAAGCGGAUGUCACUUUUUGAUAGCUUUAUUACGAGUUAUAAGCUUUUGAUAAACAGGCCCCGGUCCAUUAUAUAAGGAAUAUUUCUGUACCACUUCGUAUCUCGUCAUAGUGACGACGGAUAUGACAGCUAAUCUCAUAUUACGGUCACUGUGAUAAGGUACGUAGUGGCAUAGGAAAAAAUUGCACAGUCCGCUAAAGAAGUAGGUAUCUAACUAAUAGUCUAUUCUGUUUGAAUCUUAAAAGGAAUGUAAACUCUAUUUAUACAUUUUAUAUCUAUAAAAAUAUUGGCCGAAUGUCUUCACCGAAGUUUCCAAAUCAAAUAUAACAAUGAUUCCAUUAUACAAUAAUAAAAAUGUUAAAUACUAAAAAUUAAUUUUCGCGACGCCGUUUUGGGAACCGCCGAAAUAUCAUACUGUUAUUUUUUUACCUGUGAAAAUUCGAGUAAUUAACUAAAAAGCACAAUGUAAAUCUUACACUAGUAAGUCUAGUAACAUUAGUCAAAAAAAUUUGGACCUUUUCCAGUGUCGUAACCGCAAAGGUAUAGAAGAUUUAAAUUCCUUAGCCUCUAAUACUGGUCUCAAUCAAUUUGUAUACAGGGUGUUUGGUACAUUGUUUGUCAAAUUAGAACGGCAGAUAGGUUGACUCAUUUGCUAUCUACUCAUGCCUAGAAAAACAAAAUUGGCCAUGGCUUGUUUUACUACUACGCUAGUAAAAAAUUUAAAUUUACGAAAAACUGGCAUAGAAGUGAAAAAAAAAAUGUGCGCCAAAUUAAAAAUUUCUAGGCCUGAGAAGAUAGCAAAUGACUCAACCUAUCUGCCGUUUUAAUUUGGCAAACGAUGUACCAAACACCCUGUAUAAGUUAGCUUUUUCUGUAGCGGACUGUACUGUACACUCUAACCCCCUUAUUCAUAAACGUUUACUAAAGUUGACAAGCCGAUAAUAAUCGUUUGUCCCCGACAUAUUGGAAAGAUGGAAAGGGACAAACUAUUAUUAUCGGCUUGUUAACUUUAGUAACGUUUAUGAAUAAUGGGGCAAGUUGAUACGCGCCGAACGCCUAUUGGUUACAGUAGGUUAGUUGCCUAAGACUAUUUCCUUUACCACGCUACGCAAUUAAAACAUUAUUAAUUAAUAAAAUACAAAUAUACAUUCAAUUAUUGAUAUGGCAAAAAUAAUCACAUUUAAUAUAAUGUGAUGUAGGCAAAAUAUAAAGAAAAUUUGACCUAUUUUGCCGUUUUCGUGUACAUAUAGCCCUAUCUAUAUCCGUUCCUAUGUAUAAUUGCGUUGCGUUUUUAGGAAAUAGACUCUCCUAUUGUAUUUCUUAUUAGUUGGGCAAAUUCAACGAAUUAACGUCGACAACUAUAUAAAACUACUUCUAUUUUUUGUAUAUCACGGUAACGUCAAUUUGCCACAGAUAAGAAAUACGAAUUAACCUUUUGAACGCUUCACGUGAUAAACAAAAAUGUCACUCACACGCCAAGGUCAUGGGCGCAAGCGAGCUAAUGUAAACCUUAUUUGAAAGUGUGAAGGUACGCCAUAACACUUUGUUGUCCCCAUGGACACGACUAGUUACGACGCCAUUAGGUUCAAAAGGUUAAAAAUAAAUCUAUCGUAACCUGACAGCGAUCCAGAUGUAACUAUAGAUAUUGAAUGUACAUAGCUAUCUUGACUAAUCCCUUCUUUACACUGAUCUGGGUCGCGGUCGGCCAAUGAUCGAUUUAGCCAAAGAAUUAUUGAUAGUAAAAGACGAAGUUUAAGAAUCGUGGUCCCUAGUUUGACAGCUGAAUAGAUGGCGCUGUAUUGUGCCGUAUAGUUUGUGGGUGCUGGAUUGUCAAAUAUUUAUGACAGCUGUCAAAUUUGAAGCACGAAUUUGUCUUGGACGAGAAAUCUUAUACAAUCAAUGAUUCUAAUAAUUUAGCCUAGGUUAUUGAGGUCCGUUAGUAAAAUGACUAAUGUGAGAACCCCAUAUAAUUGACGGAUAUUUAAUUUUACUGACCAGUCUACACUUUAGAGCAAUAAAAGUGGAUAUAUUUUAUACAUUAAUGUACAAAAUAUAUCGUUUUAUUGUAACGGUAACUCAGCUUCUUUACUGAACUAAUUUCAUAGUUGAACAGUGCUCAGUCUUAAAAACGUCAACCUAAAGACUGCUUGAGAAAUUAACAAUGUUAAAUAAUUAAAACAAAUAUGUGACAUAGUUGACACGUCGCGUAGCAGCGCUUUGGAGCGUCGUUAAUAAUACCGUAAGCGUCGACCGCCAUAGGGUACUGUUACCCGUGGGACGUCACAAAUAUGUAUUUCAGAGGCGAAUUUUUACUACCGAGCAUUUAAGUUACAAUUUAGAAUUUACAUAAAUUAGUUCUUUAAAGGAGGAAAAAUAUGUAAAGGUGUAUAAAAACCACACAAUCAAUCACUGGAUAAAUAAAAUUCAGUUACUAUCCAGCUGAAAAUACUUGAUCGUGAUCUUAUUGAUUGGUUUGACAAUAUUGUGAUCCAUAAUGUCAAUCGUGUAAUCAUAAAUACGCGUAACACCGCCACGUUUAUUAUUAUUACUAACAUGUUAUUUCUCGGGCGGGAAACGACCAGCUAUAUUAAAUGUUCUUGUCAUAUAGUUAUUGUUACACUGUGUGCCCAUUUGAGCGGGACGUCAGGUGGGGACGCAGCUUGAAAGGCCCCACAGAUUAUCAGUCCGCCGGACGAUAUCAGCCUGUCGGUUGUUGCAAGCUGUCAAAUUUUGCGUGUAACUGACAGGCCGAUAUCGUCCGGCGGACUGGUAAUCAGUGGGCCUCUUUAGUCGUACGUGCUUGUACUAAUGGAGUCAAACGAAUUGUGAUAUAUGCUGACCUAAAUUAAGAAGAAAAUGUUGAAACUUCUGCCACGUGUGAGUUUGUUUUUGUAAUUAAAUAAUUGAGAAAAAAAUGUGAAAAAAAAUUACUCUAAAAAUGUAACUUAGUUUUGACCGUCACGGAAUGUGAAAUAUGAAUGGAUAGAACUUUAAAUGUUUGUGCCAGAAUGAUAUUAAAAGUAGUGAAUGACAUAUAAAUGACAUUUGUUUCCACGGUAACUUUAGGUGCUGGAAUGUUAAUUUUUAUUUUCUUUUGAAUUCUGAUAUUUUUAAGUCAGCUAAGAGGUUUUUUCAUCAUUUUACUUUUUUAUAGGUUACAAAUGAUAUUGCUAACUUAAACGGGUACUUUCUGUUGGUCUUAUAGAAUUUAACAAUAUGUACUUUUCAAGGUGCGAAAAGAAAUAUAACACAACACUGGAAAGCCAGAUAUUAAGACACAGAUUUUAUAAGCCUAAUAAUAAGGUUUUAAUUUCAAUUCUUGCAAAUAAAAAUGUCCGUGUGACGGUCAAAAUACUAACGGUACUAUAUUUCGUGCUAGAUCUCUCGGUUUCAGUAAUUCAUGUAACAUAUGUUGUGUAACACUAGAUUAUUAUGCUUAUACAUGUUCAUUUGUCAAAUGUACUGCUAUAUUCACGUGGGUCGUGGUUUAUAUAAAAUCAACCGUAUCAUUUAACAUAUACGGUUCAUUUUUGGUAUACUUAAGGCUCGAGUUUUGAGUCCGAUGCGUUCAUACCAAUUUUGACGUUGAACCAAAAGAAUAGGAAUAUAUUUUUUGUAAUAAUAAUAUUAAUACUUUAUUUAAUGGCCUUUUAUUACUAUAAUAAUAGUCAGGUUUGGUGUUAGAAUUGGAAUGAUCGCGAAUAGGUGCAUAUCGAUAUUGUUGGUGUCAAUAAUAUUGAUUAAUAAUAUUGAUUAAUAUUGAAUGUGUUUAGGACCCGUUUGGGUGUGCCAGAUAAUUUGAUUUUUUUUUUUUAGAUUAUUAUUAAGUUUAUAGAUAAUUUUUAUUUGGGUAAAUAAUUUUGGCUGAUUUCGAAAAUAAAUAUUUAUAAUGCGAAAGCGAAA